CCCAAUUCUUGUUAUAUUUUAUUAUAGAUAUUAAAAAAGCAUAACAGAAAUUUCAAGAUGAAAACGAUCAUUUCCUUUAUAAUCUUUUCUAUCCUGAUUUCGUUGUAUGUACGUGAUGUGGUAUGUCCGUUUGUGCCAUUUGUGUCGAAUAUUCUAGAAACAGGCGACGUAAUUGGUGUAAUUACACAAAAAGGCGAUCCAAAAUCAAAACAAUAUUGCAUGGUUACUGAAAGUCUAAUGCCGUUACAGGGUGAUAUCGUUGAACAUCUGAGUGUAGGUAAUUCUGAUUACUUGGAAAAAGUUGAGAAACUUAUCGAAGAUAAAUUAUUGGAGGAAUGGACACUAGCUUAUGCUAAAGAUCGUCUAUUUCUAUCUAAGAUUUAUAGUAACGAAAAAUACGACAAAAAUAUUACAGAAAUGGAAAUGCAAGAUUUGAUGCGAUAUCAGUGAAAUAAACAUUCUGCUACAUUUGUUUUCUUUAGAAAUAUUACCUGAACAUGAUUCAUGUAUAU